GUAAAAAUGUGGACAAUUAUUAUUAGAAAACAUUUAAUACUAACUUUAUUAAUUACUUUACAUGGAAAAUUAUGGGAAAGGCUGCCGUUUUUUUAUAGACAAAAAUUUUUAAAUUUAAUUCGUAUUUUUCUUUUUAUUAAAGAUUCAGAAAGAUGGGAAUUGUUGGAUUCUGCUUUACAAAUUCUUAGUAUUCUCGGUGAUAAACACAGUUUUGAUAAUCAAAAACUUUUCAAUCGACUUUUUGAAAUUUCCAUUGGUUUUAGUAAUGAAUUUCUUCGGUUACCAGCUUUUGUUUUGUUGACACGUUUGUUUAAAAAAGAAUUGAUUGGCAGGUUGUCAGAAGUGUGGAGUGCAAAUACUGAAAAUGACCAAAUCAAGCAAAGCAUACUUUUGUUUGCUUUAAAACAACUCGAUGAUUUAAAUGCUAACGUUGAUGAAAAAUUGAAAUCAGAUUCUAGAGAAAUAUUGAUAAAAGGCGUUGUUGCACUUAUUGACUAUAUCGAACCAGAAGAGGAGGAAUCAUUGAAUGUAAUUAAAAUGUCUGUUCAACUUUGUGAAACUCUUUAUACAGAUUUCGGCAAAAUUGAAAUUAACAAAAAAUUGAUUAUGUUUACAAAGCAAUUGGAAUCGAUGGAAAGAAGAAAAUAUGAGAGGAAUGCAUAUGAGAGAAAUAAUCACAAAAGUAUUAAUGAAUUGAUUGAUGAUUUGAAGAAUGGUUGUAAUAUUGACAACGAUGAGUGUGGAACAAAAGAUUGUUAUUAG